CUAAACACAGUAUGAUGGGGAGGAAUAGAAUUAGUGGUAGGAUUUUGAAACGCACGUGUUAGAUUUUAUGAUAACACAUAAUUCUCAGGUGUAAUAAACAUAUUUACAAAUUUAUAAAUUUACCUGAAUUCAUUGAAACAAUGUCGCAUUAAUUAUAACCUUAAAACAAGUGUGUUUAAUAAAAGGAGAUUUAAAUUUAAAAAUAUUAUCAAAAUGAAUGGUCGACUUCGAGGAGAGGUUCUCAGAACAUUUAAAAAAUUACAUAAAACUAGAAAAAUAAUAUUUCAAGGGGAUGAACGCGCUUUAAGUUUCGUUAGAAACAAAAUCAACGAUGAAUUUAAAAAAAAUAAACAUGUGACUGAUGAAAAAUCUAUUGAAGAAUUGAAUAAAUUAGCAUUAGAAGUAGAUCACGAAUUAAAAACAACCGUAAUUCAAGCAAUAGAAAAAAAACCAGGAACAUAUGAACUUAAUAUUCGAAAAGAUCAUUUAAUAGAUAAUACAACGUUACCGUUAACUUCAUUUUCGAAAUCCAAUCGAAAAUGUAGCUCCAAAGGACGAGAAUCAAGUAACGGAAAAUUAUAGCACAAAUAGUAGAAAGUUUUUUUAAAGUAUUUAUUCAUUUAUUUAUUCAAUAAUAACAGUU